AUGCUGCCCUUCCUGCUGGCCACACUGGGCACCAUGGCCCUCAACAACAGCAACCCCAAGGACUACUGCUACAGCGCCCGCAUCCGCAGCACUGUCCUGCAGGGCCUGCCAUUCGGGGGCGUCCCCACCGUGCUGGCUCUGGACUUCAUGUGCUUCCUUGCACUGCUGUUCUUGUUCUCCAUCCUCCGGAAGGUGGCCUGGGACUAUGGGCGGCUGGCCUUGGUGACAGAUGCAGACAGGCGCCGGCGGCAGGAGAGAGCCCGAGUGGAACAGGAAUAUGUGGCCUCGGCUAUGCACGGGGACAGUCACGACCGGUAUGAGCGUCUCACGUCUGUCUCCAGCUCCGUCGACUUUGACCAAAGGGACAAUGGUUUCUGCUCCUGGCUGACAGCCAUCUUCAGGAUAAAGGAUGACGAGAUCCGGGAUAAAUGUGGAGGCGAUGCCGUGCACUACCUGUCCUUCCAGCGGCACAUCAUCGGGCUGCUGGUGGCCGUGGGUGUCCUCUCUGUAGGCAUCGUGCUGCCCGUCAACUUCUCAGGGGACCUGCUGGAGAACAACGCCUACAGCUUCGGGAGAACCACCAUUGCCAACUUGAAAUCAGGGAACAACCUGCUGUGGCUGCACACCUCCUUCGCCUUCCUGUACCUGCUGCUCACCGUCUACAGCAUGCGCAGACACACCUCGAAAAUGCGCUACAAGGAGGAUGACCUGGUGAAGCGGACUCUCUUCAUCAAUGGAAUCUCCAAAUAUGCAGAGUCAGAGAAGAUCAAGAAGCAUUUUGAGGAGGCCUACCCCAACUGCACAGUUCUGGAAGCCCGCCCAUGUUACAACGUGGCUCGUCUGAUGUUCCUCGAUGCAGAGAGAAAGAAGGCCGAGCGGGGAAAACUCUACUUUACAAACCUCCAGAGCAAGGACAAUGUCCCCACCAUGAUCAACCCCAAGCCCUGUGGUCAUCUGUGCUGCUGCGUGGUGCGCGGCUGUGAGCAGGUGGAGGCCAUCGAGUACUACACGAAGCUGGAGCAGAAGCUGAAGGAAGACUACAAGCGGGAGAAGGAGAAAGUGAACGAGAAGCCCCUCGGCAUGGCCUUUGUCACCUUCCACAACGAGACCAUCACGGCCAUCAUCCUGAAGGACUUCAACGUGUGUAAGUGCCAGGGCUGCACCUGCCGAGGGGAGCCCCGCUCCUCGUCCUGCAGCGAGUCCCUACACAUCUCCAACUGGACCGUGUCCUACGCCCCCGACCCCCAGAACAUCUACUGGGAGCACCUCUCCAUCCGAGGCUUCAUCUGGUGGCUCCGCUGCCUGGUCAUCAAUGUCGUCCUCUUCAUCUUGCUCUUCUUCCUCACCACCCCGGCCAUCAUCAUCACCACCAUGGACAAGUUCAACGUCACCAAGCCUGUGGAGUACCUCAACAACCCCAUCAUCACCCAGUUCUUCCCCACCCUGCUGCUGUGGUGCUUCUCGGCCCUGCUUCCCACCAUCGUCUACUACUCUGCCUUCUUUGAAGCCCACUGGACACGCUCCGGUGAGAACAGGACCACCAUGCACAAGUGCUACACCUUCCUCAUCUUCAUGGUGCUGCUCCUGCCCUCGCUGGGACUGAGCAGCCUGGACCUCUUCUUCCGCUGGCUCUUUGACAAGAAAUUCUUGGCUGAGGCAGCUAUCCGGUUUGAGUGCGUGUUCCUGCCCGACAACGGCGCCUUCUUCGUGAACUACGUCAUUGCCUCCGCCUUUAUCGGCAACGCCAUGGACCUGCUGCGCAUCCCGGGCCUGCUCAUGUACAUGAUCCGGCUCUGCCUGGCGCGCUCGGCCGCCGAGAGGCGCAACGUGAAGCGGCAUCAGGCCUACGAGUUCCAGUUUGGCGCAGCCUACGCUUGGAUGAUGUGCGUCUUCACGGUGGUCAUGACCUACAGUAUCACCUGCCCCAUCAUCGUGCCCUUCGGGCUCAUGUACAUGCUGCUGAAGCACCUGGUAGACAGGUACAAUCUCUACUACGCCUACCUGCCGGCCAAGCUGGACAAGAAGAUCCACUCGGGGGCCGUCAACCAGGUGGUGGCCGCGCCCAUCCUCUGCCUCUUCUGGCUGUUGUUCUUCUCCACCAUGCGCACGGGGUUUCUAGCCCCGACGUCCAUGUUCACGUUUGUCGUCCUGGUGAUCACCAUUGUCGUCUGUCUCUGCCAUGUCUGCUUCGGACACUUCAAAUACCUCAGUGCCCACAACUACAAGAUUGAGCACACGGAGACAGAUUCCGUGGACCCCAGAAGCAAUGGACGGCCCCCCAAUGCUGCCGCUGUCCCCAAAUCUGCGAAAUACAUCGCUCAGGUGCUGCAGGACUCAGAAGUUGACGCGGAUGGGGGUCCUGGGAGCUCGGGGGACGAGCCCCCGUCGUCCUCCUCCCAAGACGAGGAGCUGCUGAUGCAGCCUGACGGCCUCACGGACACAGACUUCCAGUCUUGUGAGGACAGCCUCAUAGAGAACGAGAUCCGCCAGUAA